CUCCAAGCCCAAUCUGUCAAAGGACCAAGCGCAGCCUAGCUCCUCCAUGAACAUGCCCCAGUCCUUUGGAACAGCCAUGGGUUUCUCCUUGUCUGAGACGCUGUCGGUGGCGGCGCUGCCCGGCCUGUCUCCGAACGCCAGUCACCUGCACACGACAGACAACAGCAUCAUUUACCUCGCACCCACCGCCGAUACCAACAAGUGCUGGCCAAUCCGUCCCACUCUGCGCAAUGAGCUGGACACCUUUUCCGUACACUUCUACGUCUUCUUCGGUCCAAAUAUAUCCAUUCCACCUGACAGGGCCGCCGUGUUCGCCAUCAACCUCAUGCCAGUUUUAGACAGCGGAGGAGUCCUCAACAUGGAGCUCAAGCUCAACAUGUCGACGCUGAAAGGAAUGAAUGUGACGGUGCUGGGCUGCCUGAACCACGGGAUGCCUCUGUUCCUGAGGGGAAACUCAUCACUGAAAUGUGAAUCAGAGUCUGUGGCCGGUUUCUUCCUCUCUGUCAAUGCUUCCUCCAAUAUCACCAAACUGAGGAUUCCGUACCCUCAGACAGGCACAUGGUACCUCAGUCUGCGCUCCCUCUGCGCCAACGAACACGGAUUUGAAGCAUGUACCAACGUCACAGCGGAGGUGUAUAUGCGCUCAUACCUGACUCCAUGCAUCAAUGACUGUGGGACAGUCAUCGCUGCUGCGAAGAUGCUUCCAGUUAUUGUGAAAUACAUCAUACAGUGUGACAAGAAAAUGGAGAGCGCAAGAGCUGGUUUCUCUUCAGUUCAACUCAUUGUCGUACCUCGUAUGUGUGACUGCUUCCUUGCAUUCAGCACUCGCCCUUGGCCUGUCUCACACCACAAACCCUCCGUCUACAAACCCUCCAUCUGCAAAUCUUCCGUCUGCAAACCCUCCAUCUACAAACCCAGGCUGGGAUACGGUUGGGGAUGCACAGACAACUCCGAGGCCUACUCCUACAGUUUCCAGCUCCUCUCCACUCUUCUGCUCUGUCUCAGUAACCUGAUGUUUGUUCCACCGGUCGCCAUCGCUAUCCGAAGCCACUACCAUGCUGGAGGCCUCCGUCCUACAUCUUCACCAUGUUCUUCUUCCACCUUCUACCAUGCAUGCGACCAGCCGGGCAUCGUGGUCUUUUGCAUCAUGGAGUACGAUGUCCUGCAGUUCUGUGACUUCCUGGGGUCACUCAUGUCGGUGUGGGUCACUGUCAUCGCCAUGGCCAGGCUCAAGUCCAUCAUCAAACAGGUGCUGUAUCUGCUGGGGGCCAUGUCUUUGUCCAUGGCUCUGCAGCUGGACCGCCAUGGCCUCUGGAACCUGCUGGGACCCAGUCUGUUUGCUCUGGGCAUCAUGGCUGUGGCAUGGACGGUGCGGACCAUCCGCCGGCGCCGUUGCUACCCACCCACCUGGAAGCGCUGGGUGUUCUUCCUCUUCCCCGGCACCACCAUCGCCACCUCAGCCGUGGCCCUGUACGCCUUCGUGGAGACGGCGGACAACUACUUCUACAUCCACAGCAUCUGGCACAUGCUGAUCGCGGGAAGCGUGGGCUUCCUCCUCCCACCUCGCGCUAAGCCCGACGCCAAGGUGACCCCGCUCAAACGGAGGCGGGGCUGCGGCUAUCAGCUGUGUGUGAACGAGCACGAGGAGCUGGGCCUGGUGGACCCGGCUAUCAUUUCCAUCAACAGCAUCUGCACCAGCUGAUAAACUCCCCCUCCCACCUUUGACCUUACUGACACUUCAUUGCCUUCUUUUACUUGGGAAAUUCACACACGGGAAAAUAAGCCACAGAACUUGAAACAGCAAUGUACAUACUGUAACGCAGAUGUGACACAUUGGAUUUCUUUUUUCUGUUGUUAUUGUCAUGGUAAUUACUAUCAAUACAACUGUAAUUAUUAUUAUUCUAAUCUCUAGUGAAAGUUGUGCAGAUGCAUUGUGGGUGUACAGUGACACACUGUUGUUUGUGAAUAUGUAUUUAAAGUUAAAGCUGAAACACUGCUGCUAUCUGACGGUGACUGUAUACUGCUUCUGUUGGUUAUUUAUUGGUGGUCUUGUAUAAACGGGCCAAUUCUUUUAUUGUUGGGGCACUAUCGGGGGUGAUGAUGGGGGGCACGGCUUUUCUGAAAUUCUUUUGAAAUAUAUCUUUUGCACUGAGACACAAGAUGUUAUUCUGUACAUUUUUUAUAACACUAUAAACUACAGUGAGCAUCACAAAUGUAAAACCUAGUUGUCAUGUGGAAUGUUAGACUGUCUCUUUUGCAAUUGCAAUGUACUGCUUUUACACGAAUGUGCUCAUUGUUCUCGACGGGAACAAAUCCAAAGUCCAGCUGCCUGUUGAAAGACAAAGGGAGUCAGGAUUUCUUUUCCAGACCUCAAACCAAGACCUCACCUCCCUGUUCUUUUCUGACAGGACCUGUGCGACACCACGUUCAUAAACAAUAAAUGUUUUCUUUCUUUGCCUCGGUA